UUUAUAUCCCGGUUUUUUUUCCCGUUUGGGAAGGGAUGAAGGACGAGGCCGAAGGCUGCGGAUUCCCAGCGGGAUCCGGGGUCAAGGUUUUCCUGCACUGGAGCGGGGACGAGGAGCGGGAAAUAUUCCGGAUUUAUUCCCGAGGAUCGCUGAGCGCCGAGGAAAUCUGCAUCGACCUGGCCCGGAGGAUCGGAAUUUCGCCGCUGUGCUGCAGCCUGUUCGCGCUCUACCAGCCCGGGAGGAGGAUGUGGCUCCCGCCCAACCACCAGUUCCACAUCGCGGAGGAAAGCGACGUCUGCCUCAUCUUCAGGAUGAGGUUUUAUUUCCGGAAUUGGCACGGGCUGAACGGGCGGGAGGCGGCGGUGUUCCGGAACGUUCCGCGCCCGGGGGAUGGGCCCGAGGAGAAGGCGCCGGGAGCGGCCGUGCUGGACGGAGCCUCCUUCCAGUACCUGUUCGAGCAGGGAAAAUUCGACUUCAUCCACGACGUGGCGUCGCUGCGGGAUUUCCGGAGCGAAUCCGAACUCCAGGGAUUCAAGAACGAGAGUUUGGGAAUGGCCGUGCUGCACCUGGCCCAGCUGGCGCUCCGUAGGGGCGUGUCCCUUCCGGAGGUGGCGCGCAAGUACAGUUUCACCCAGUGCAUCCCGCGUUCCUUCCGCCUCCACAUCCGCCAGCACAACUUCCUCACCCGUUUCCGCCUCAAGAGCGUUUUCCGGCGUUUCCUGCGGCGUUUCCAGCGGCACACGGUGGCGGCGGGGAAGCUGACGGAGCGGGACGUGAUGUACAAGUACCUGGCCACCCUGGAACAGUUGGCUCCCGCCUUCGGGUGCGAGAUAUUCCCGGUUUUUGCCUUGGAAACGGCGGCCGAGGCUCAGGCGGAGCGGGAGCGGCGUCCCGGGAACGGGGAGGUCACUCAUCAGCUCUUGGUCAGCGGAACCGGAGGGGUCCAGUGGAGGCCGGCACCGGUGGAGAGCGCGGAAAACUUUUCCCGGCGCGGAUAUUUCGGGAGGAAAUCCAGGAGGAAGGAGGAGGAGGAGGAGGAAGAGGAAGAGCGGAGCGAUCCCGGCUGGAGGCGGUUCUGCGAUUUCCGGGAAAUCACGCACGUGGUGGUGAAGGAUUCCAGGGUCAGCAUCCAUCGGCAGGAUAACGAGUGCCUGGAGGCGCUGCUCCCGUGCCGCGGCAGCGCGCUGGCGCUGGUGGCUCUGCUGGACGGUUAUUUCCGACUGACGGCCGACUCCAGCCAUUACCUGUGCCACGACGUGGCGCCGCCGCGCCUGCUCCUCAGCAUCCACAACGGCAUCCACGGGCCCAUGCAUGAGGAUUUUGUUUUUGCCAAGCUCCGUCGGGAAGAGCCGGAGGAAGGGCUCUACAUCCUCCGCUGGAGCGUCCUGGAUUUCAACCGGAUCAUCCUCUCCGUGCUCAAGCGGAGCCACCAGCAGGCUCCCGGAACGCCGGGAGCCUUCAAGUACCGGCAGUUCCGGAUCCAGAGGAAAGGAGAUUCCUUCGUGCUGGAGGGUUGGGAUCGGGAAUUCCCGAGCCUGCGGGAACUCCUGGAUGUUCUCAAGGGUUGCACCCUCAAAUCCGGGCAGGAAAACUUCACGGUGAAGAGGUGCUGCCCGCCCAAGCCGGGAGAGAUCUCGGACCUGCUGAUCGUGAGGAGGGCGAAGGAGGAGGGGAAGCAGAUCCUGAACCUCACCCAGCUCAGCUUCCACCAGAUCCGCAAGAACGAGAUCGUCCAGCGCUCCCACCUGGGCCAGGGCACCCGGACCAACAUCUACGAGGGGAUCCUGAGCGUCUGCGGGAAUUCCGGGAACGACGAGGAGGAUUUUUCCGCGGAGCAGAACAACAACAACAACGGGCGGGAGAUGCGGGUGGUGCUCAAAGUGCUGGAUCCCAGCCACAGGGACAUCGCCCUGGCGUUCUUCGAGAGCGCCAGCCUGAUGUCCCAGGUGUCCCACGUCCACCUGGCCUUCGUGCACGGCGUCUGCGUCCGCGGCUCCGAGAACAUCAUGGUGGAGGAGUUUGUGGAGCACGGGCCGCUGGACGUGCUGCUCCGCAAGGAGAAGGGCAGGAUCUCCGUGGGCUGGAAAAUCACCGUGGCCAAACAGCUGGGGAGCGCCUUGAGCUACCUGGAGGAUAAAAACCUGCUCCAUGGGAAUGUGUGUGCCAAGAACAUCCUGCUGGCCAGGAAAGGGCUGGAGGACGGAUCCGUGCCCUUCGUAAAACUCAGCGAUCCCGGGGUCAGCUUCACCGUCCUCUCCCGGGAAGGUACGGGACAAAAUCCACUUUAUUUUAUUUUCCUUUUCCCUAAUAAUUCCCAUGGCAUGUGCCAGAGAUCUUUUCACAAAGUAUCCCAAAAUUUGGUAUUUUAAUAGGGGAAUUUUACCUGGUUUGGUUCCCAAAGCUGCUCUCAGGGAUGAUCCAACCCCAGUGCUGGAAAUCCCA